AUGGCGCUGACACGACUGAGAGACGGAUUCUGGAGCGAACGACUUUGGCUUCCGAAGGGAGUGUCCUGGAAAGAUGUUGAAGGCAGUGACCCAGGCGGUAUCCACCCCAAACCGUCAGAUCUGUACAUAACACUGGUCAUUGGAGUCGUUUUCUUAGUGUUGCGAUAUAUAUUUGAAACCUUUAUAGUGCAGCCAAUCGGGACAUACUUCGGUGUUAAGGACAUAACAUACAGAGCACCCCCGAAUCCAACACUAGAAGCUGCAUUUCAGAAAAAUGGGAAAACACCUCUUAGUCAUAAGGAAAUUACAGGUUUAGCAAAACAAGUAGACUGGUCAGAAAUCAAAGUGCAAAGAUGGCUGAGAAAGAGGCGCUUACAAACUUACCAGUUCGUUUUUUACACAAUAAGCUCCAUUUGUGGUGCAAUCUUUAUGUGGGAUAAUCCUUGGUUGUGGGAAACGAAAAAAUGUUGGGAAGACUGGCCUAACCAUCCUGUCAGUGAGGCUGCCUACUGGUACUAUAUACUGGAGAUGGGCUUCUACUUUUCUCUCUUAUUCACAUUCCUCAUGGAUAGUAAACGAAAGGAUUUUUAUGAGAUGAUGUUACACCACCUUAUCACACUGGGUCUCAUGGCUUUCUCCUGGUCCAUAAACUUUGUCCACAUUGGUACCCUGGUUCUUGUUGUGCAUGAUAUCUCAGAUCCCUGGUUGCAGCUUGCGAAGAUGUUAAAAUAUGCCCAAAUGCAGAAUGCGUGCGAAAUUGUCUUUACAAUCUUCAUUAUUGUGUGGCUUGUCACACGAAUCUUUUAUUAUCCCAUCUGGUUGCUGUACACUUGCUUAGUUGAGCUACCUGCCAUCAUUGUCGGGGUGUCCCCAGUCAUCAGAGUCUUUAUGGGGUUUAUGGUGGCCUUACAACUGCUGCACAUCAUGUGGACAUACUAUGUACUGAGGGUGGCCCUACAGCGCUUUACUCAUGGAGAGCUGACCCACGACACCCGCAGUGACAGUGAGGGGAUGAGUGAGAGUGCGGAUGAGGGAUCUGGGGAGCCUCGGUCAGGUGUUACAAACAACGUCAAAAGCCAGAACAAUUGCUCAACAGGUGGGCAGUAAAGUCCCGCAGAACACAGCUCUACCCAACUGAUUUCAACACAGGAGACAUUUUUUUUUUCUUUUCUUUCAUCGAUGAGUCUUACACCUAUACUAAUGGAAGCAUCUUCUUUACACAAUCUUCGCUGAUCUCUUUUUUUCGGUUAUUAUAUUAAUCCUGAAUAAUGUGGUAACUAUUCCAUUGAUUCCAUAAUUAUGUUUUUUAUUAAUGUCUUAUGGUUCACUGUAUAGGUUUGUGUCUUUUUUUUUUAAAUUUUUGCAAUGCAGGGUAAUAGAUGUACAUGGAAGGAAAGAAGUAAACCUGGUAACACAAUUGAACAAUACCCACUCAGACUCUAUGCUCGACAUUCUGACUACACUACCGUCAUUAAAAUGUUAUGGAUUUGCUCAUGAGCUGCGACUUGUAUGUUAUAUUAUUUUGGUUGGACCAAACCAUUGCCUUGACACAAAGUGGUAUCAGUGUUUAAGGUGUUGCUAAGUAUCCAGGUUAAUUAAAAUCAUGUUUUAAUGUAGAUUACAACAGUAUACAGUUAGUCAGAAGUUGGUGUGAUGAUUGGUUAACAUGAAAUAGCUAGUCUUUUUGUUCAGUCAUUGCAGUGGUUUAUAGUUUCUGGAUUGAUUGAUUAAUAGGUUGAUAUAAGGAAUAUCUAGUCUACUGUCUAUUUUGUUGAUUUUAGACAUGCAGCUUUAAACAGAAUAACAUACUUAUCGGGUCAUCUUUGUUUUUGGUUCUUGAACUAUUUUGCCUGAUUAGGCUUAUGUUGGUGCUGUGUGGGAAUGUGUGACUGUGUCACAGUGUUGAACCUCAUUUAAGUCAGGAGUCAUUCAUUCAUAUGAUCUUGUGUAAUAGCGAGAUGAGGGCUGAAUAUGGCGAGACCAGUACCAAACUUUGGUACAAUGGUCAGGACAUUUCUAGCUUUAUCCCUGAUUGUUUAUGUCAUAUAAGGACAGAAUGGGAGCUUUGUAUUUAUUUGUGAGACACUGGUGAAUAGCCAGUUGUAUGCAGCGAUGUCGUACUUUAUUGGUGCAUAGUCAAAAUUCAUUGUUUGGCCAGUAGAAGUGAGAAAUCCUUCUUACAUGCAUGGUGAAAUCAGCUAAAAUUUCACCCAUUUUUGCAAUACCAUCUUGAGAGUAGAUGUUAGAAAGGUAUGUUGAGGUUUGUUCGCAAGGUAAAUGAUAUACUGGAAAAAUAGAAGCUUCAUCAUCAUCAGAAAAAAAAAUAAUUGGUGACAUUAAUUUGCCUCUAAAUCUAUUCUUUUUUGUUGAAUAUCUUCUAUAUUUAUCGUGGUUCGUAGAAAAGUGUGGAAGAGCUAAGCUUAUCUGAAUACAGACUUAACGAGGCACGAAGUGGCUAAUGAUAUAAAAGCUGGUAGCUCUUGUAUGUGCACUGUUCUUCCUAUUCACCUUAAUCACAGUUUAGAGUGUACAUGUGUUAUGUGCUGUACAUGUGUACAGCAGUGUGCUGUUGUGGAGUAGUUAUCAGGAGUACAGUAGUGUACAUGUGUACAGUAGUGUGCCUUUGUUGAGUUUUUAUCAAGAGUACAGUAGUGUACAUGUGUACAGUAGUGUGCUUUUAUUGAGUAGUUAUCAGGAGUACAGUAGUGUACAUGUGUACAGUAGUGUGCUUUUGUUGAGUAGUUAUCAGGAGUACAGUAGUGUACAUGUGUACAGUAGUGUGCUUUUGUUGAGUAGUUAUCAAGAGUACAGUAGUGUACAUGUGUACAGUAGUGUGCUUUUGUUGAGUAGUUAUCAGGAGUACAGUAGUGUACAUGUGUACAGUAGUGUGCUUUUGUUGAGUAGUUAUCAGGAGUACAGUAGUGUGUUUGGUGAUUUCAUACAUUGGGCUCUUAAAACCAUAACUUUUGUAAAUAUUAUUUUCAAAUUUAUGACUUGUUCCCUAUUUGGCCAUGUUUGAAUUACACCUAGUUCAGCUAGAGGCCCUGGAACACUGGGGAUGAUAUUGAAUGAAGGUCACUAUGAUGUUAAAGGGCAAUUGGAGUAUGAUAUUAAUAGCAAUUGGAGUAUGGUGUUGGAGACUUGCAGUAUGGUGUUGAGAGACUUAGUGUAUGGUGUUGAGAGCCUUAGAGUAUGGUGUUGGAGACUUGCAUUGUGGUGUUGAAGACUUGCAUUGUGGUGUUGGAGACUUGCAGUAUGGGUUGGAGACUUGCAGUACGGUGUUUAGAGACCUGCAGUUAUUAAAUUUCUUGUUCAUUUGUUAAAAAUCAGUUUUGAAUUUGUCCGAUUGUGUGUCCACUCUCCGAAUGAUGCCAGGUAACUGCUGUGAUGGGUUCCCCAGAUGUCUUACUGCUGCUCUAUAAGUCUGUCCCCUGCUGCAUCUCAUUCCUGUCUUCUUCUUGUUUUUUUUUUAAACAAAUUUCAAGUAAGAGCAUUUUUAACUACUUUUCUCUAUAGGAUUUCAUGGAUAUUUUUUUGGGUGUGUCCUGCAAAAGGUCAUUUUCUUAUUAGUUUGAAUUACUACAUUAACUGCGUGUGUUUGCUUCUUGUAGUCUUCACAGUAAAGUUAAAGAUGUCUUAAGGCUGGUUAUAUUGAAUCAAAGAUUGUUAUUGAGACAUUAAAUGAAAAUUUUGACAACCGUCUUGUCUUCUGUGACAAUUUAAUAGGGGAUUAACCACUUUUUGUGAAGCCUUUUUCAGACACCCAUGUUAUAGUAAAUGAGUGAGUGAGUGGGUGAUUGGGGUUUAAUAUUGUACUGUUAUAGUAAAUGUGAUCCAGAAUAGUUGCCUAACAUUUUUGGCAGGUCACAUGGUACGGUAGGACUUUUUUUUUUACCUUUACUAAUACGAGUUCAAUCUCGAAACCCUCCAUUGUGGUACUGAGCUAAUCAAAGAUGCAGAAAAUGUUUCACAAAUGAUUUACAUGAUUUCUGGAAGAAAAAAUGAUAUGAAUUACAUUCUGAAAAUCGUGCUCUUUUUUUUUUUUUUUUUAAAUGUUUUUCACAUGAAAAGAUACUCUCAUACAUGGCUUACAUGUAAAAGCCAAAGUAGAUACGUGUAGCCAUAAAGGAUACUGCUGUGAAUUUUAAAAAUGUGAAGAUAUUUUCAGUUCGAAAUGAGUGUUACAUGAUGAAGUAUGCUGAGAGGUUAAUAGUAGUGAGUAUGUGAUACUUUUCUUUUACUUGGUAAAGGAUUUAUUAAAGGUAACUGUAAAAUAGCACUGGAACAUGUUCCAUCUCCUAGUAGUUUUUACAGCCUUCACAAUCUACGUCACUGGCCUAGCUUUACCCUGUAAAGAUUUUUUAUGCCCAAAGAUGAAGAUGAAAAGGCGUAUUUCUACAUAUACAUUAAAUUACAAACAUCAUAAUGGGUACUUUCAUGAUUCUUUUUAAAUGUGUGGUGUUAAACCAAUGUCUGUAUCACCUUGUCUAUUGCAUCACAUGGUAGAAAAUUUGGAUCAAAGUUCUUUCGAGGUGUUUACAUUUCAGUCCAAAGUUUUAAUGCACAAUGGCUUACCUGUCAUUGAUAUAUUGAAUAUGCACAAUUAAGUUGCAAUAUGGACCUUUGCUAUAAAGAUGCUCAAUUAUGUCCUCCAUCAUCCCUUUUUUUUAAGUCCUUUAAAAAUCACCCGAUCUUGCUGAGUUGUUGCCACAAUUUCUCCAUCUAGCAGCAUGCACAUUUGCUUUAAAACUGGUCAAGACGUCAAAUUUUCAAAGUUCAUUAAAAAAAAAUAAACGAAAAACACAAAGCAUAAAAAGUUUCUCUGAAUUUUAAAUGUUUCUGCAGUGAUUUUCUUCCACUGAUUCAAAUUGUAAAAAAUAACGUCAAUUUUUAUGAUUAGAACUUUGAGCUGUGGUCAUAGUACAUAUUUUGUUAUAUUUAUUAACACAGUCUGCCAUAUAUAAUACACAAACACUUCAACAGUCAUGUACUGCUUAAGACUCAUAGUUUUAGGUGGGUUCAGUAGUCAUAAAAUGAAAUUUAGGCAUCACCACGUUAAUGUAACACUUUUUAUUAAUAAAUGAAAUCUUAAGUCAACAAUCUUUUCAUUUUUUUUUUCUUUUUUUGUUGAAAAUCAAUGUUGUACAGUAAAGAUUUUGUAAACUUGAUAUUUGAAAUGUGGAUAUUAAGACUAAGAAGGGGGGGAAUAUUCAGAUAAGCCUUUAGACUUCCAAAUAUACAUUCAUGACUACAGACUGCAAUAGAUCGCUCGAGAAGCUCAUGAUCUUGGUUUUGCUUACAAAAGCCAUAAUUGUCUCUUGCUUUAUUCACGAUCAAUCAUUCCUCUGAACUUUUCGUGUUGGUGUUGAAUUUAAAAUUUCAAGGUUACAAAUGAUGCUUAUUUGAGAAAUGAUGCGGUUUUAUGAAAGUAUGUACAUAAAUAAUGCGAUCGGACAGGUAUAUAUUUGCCUUAAGUCUGGAAUUAGUGUUUGUAUACGUUUCAUUUCAUGAACUGUGAAUUGUCUUGAAAACUUCUAUUUUUCAAGUUACUUUAAAAAGAGAAAAAAGAAUUGAUUGUAAAUGUGUUUUCAUGUGUCAGGCAUUGGUCCAUAUAAGUUUUUUUAACAAAAUAAAUGCAGAAAGCCUUUAAUGGAGCGCAAGAAUCAUCAUCAUUAAUAAGUGUUCUUGGCAUUGUGCAUGUAAAUGAAAUGAAGUGUUCACAGGCUGCUAUGCAUGGGUGUGAUCUGUGUAUUUGACUAAUAAAUACUCAAUGCCUU